AUGCUCCCUCCUAUGAUCUUCGGACUUCCUCGCCGGACGCCUGCCCAGGGAGCUCCAAUUCUCAAUGAUUAUAUUGCUGGUGACACUUCUGUCAGCAUGUCAGCUUACGUUGUUCAUCACCAAGAGUCUAUCUUCCGUGACCACGACACCUACAAGCCGGAGCGAUGGCUGGGGGAUGAAGGCAAAGCAUUGCAGCCUUUCCUUUUUUUCGUUCCGUUCAGUACUGGAGCGAGUGGAUGUAUCGGUCGCAAUAUUAGCUACCUUGCGCAGACUGUCCUGCUUGCUUCUCUAGUCCAUCGAUUUGAGAUUGCUUUGCCAUCACCACAUUGGGAUCCUUCCAUCCGUUGA